CCAGUACUCGACAGUCUUCUGACCACUGCUAGCUCUCUGGCAAAAAUGCCCGGUGUCGCUUCAGACUCCGGUGGUGGCGCUUCAGACUCCGGUGGUGGCGCUUUGGUUCCAUUCAAUCCGGAGGCCCAAGUCGCAGUGGUGUACCCGCUCCACCACGGACUCAAGCCUCCAGUUUCUCGGCUUUCCAUCUCUUGGUCACGGGGUAACACCCUCCGCGUCUCCGUGUUCUGCCCCGAACCUUCCGUUGAUGACUCUGGCGACGAACCUGGAGGGAAAGUAGUGGAGGUGAGGCUCGGAGGUGGAGGUGGUGAGAUUAGUGACGCGCAUUGGCGGCGGAUCGCCUAUGGUUCGGUCAUUCCGUUUGCUCUUCUGCAGAGCAAGAAAAAUGCUGCUUUAACCUUGUCCAAGAUGUCAAUGAAUUCUUCGCCUUAUAAUGUUGACUGGUUGGAGUACGUAAUAGAGUACAGCAAGGACAUAAAUUUGCUUCUUGGGAAUCCAAAGUUGCCUCCCAGUCCGGCAAUAGAUGACCCAAAGUCAGUUUUGAAGAAAGGAGAAGAACCAACCUCCUUGAAGGCUGCAUGGGAGUUGUUGGAAAUAUUUUAUGCAGAUAAGCUUUCUCAAGUUUGGCUACCUGAACGCCUUGUUGAUUGGUUGGCUGAUUAUGAUUGUCUUCUCUCUGUAUCACAUUCAACAGUCCACUCAAAACUUCUGAGUUUUCAAGGAGAGCUUGUCAGACUGCAGAUUGUCGAGGAUUAUCCAAAAUAUUGGGAAGUCAUGUCAUCAGCUCUGGCAGUUGGUUGGCUAGAGAUUGUGGUGAAAAUGUUGCGUUUGCAUGGAUCGUAUCAGCUGGAUCAACUCAGCAAUCGUGAGACAGAGAAUGGUCUGGUAGAAGCAGUUGCUGUCCUUAUUUCAAAGAUGCCACGCAUGCGACCUGAGUUAGAAUCUGGAAAAUUAGGUGAAUGCUUUAAGACCAAGCCUGAUUUUAUGAAGGCAUGGGAGAAAUGGAGGGCACAGUUAAAUAAGCUGGAGUUAAGUGCAUUCUGGUUUCAGUGUUCUCACCAACAGACUCGUGAGGGCUUGAGAAAUAUGUUGCAAAUAAUGUUGGGUAAUGCCAAUAGUCUCAGCACUGCAACAUUUAACUGGAUUGAGCUUUAUAUUUCCCACUUACUAUACAUCAGGCCGUUCACUAUGGGGUUAGAGAGCCUGUAUAGCUUGGCCCAGAAAUGCAUUCAAUUGAAACCAAUGGCCGGUGCCCAUAGUUUGAUGGGACUUAUCAUUGGAAUUCUCGGGGAAAAUUCUGAGGUUGUAUUAGCAGAAUGCUCUAGAGGAUUUGGCCCUUGGAUGGUUGCCCACGCAAUCGAGUUGCUGACAGCUGGGAGUGAUCAUGCAGAAGUGCUAUUACAUCAAGAGUGUCUGAACUUAGGUGGAAUAAGCUUGGAGGAGCUUCAUCGACUUGUAUAUGCUCAAGUCUUAUCAUCCCAUGCAUUAACUUGGCAAAUUGCUCCAAUUUAUUUGACAUCAUGCAUGAAACAAGGAAUGGGCCUCUUAGAAAUAUUGUUAUCCAAGCAGCCUGUUCAACAUAAUCAUUUGUUGCUUAAGAACAUUGAGAUUUGCCGUCUUUAUGAUCUUGACAGCAUUAGUUCAAGCAUUAUGAAGAUCUCUGGAGUUUACCAUUGGAAGCAUGGUAGGAAAGAUUCUGGAGUUUUCUGGCUUCAGCAGGCUCGGGAUGAGGUUCAGCUUAAUAGGAUAGCACAGCAGUUAUUUGAUUCUGUUGGAAAGACAAUCUCUGAUGAGAGUUUUAAGCAAUGGGAAGGUCUAAUUCAAUUGUUGGGUUCUGAAUCUAAGACUGCUGGUGGUCUAGAGUUUCUUCAUAAGUAUAGGGAUUUCAAGAAAUCGCUUCAACAGGUUUGUGAUGGAAAAACUACAGAUGCAGCUCGGCAAGCUGUGGAAUCACUUAUAUCACUUAUGAAAAAUCCUUCUACUCCGCAACGCUUUUGGCUGCCUCUUCUUCAUGAUUCACUGAAACUGCUUAAUUGGCAAGAACGUCCCCUGCUCAAUGUAUCUCAGACAAAUCUUCUAUUGAAUAAACUACAAGAGUUGUCCCUGGCAAGGCUACGCCCGGACUUUAUUGAAGCUGACUUACCCCCUGAGGGUUUAAGCUCCAUUAGACUAGCUCUUGCCACAAAUCUUGGUCGCGCCUUCCUAGAGGAAUGAGUUUUUCUUUAGUUUGAAGAAUUCAAUUCAUCUUGCCAGCAGCACUUUCAAAUCUCAUGUUGCCAGAAGCACUUUCAAAUCUCAUGUUGCCAGAAGCACAUUACAUUUGCAUUAUCUUGCCCAAGCGUUGUGUACGCUGAAGCUUUUGCAUGUGCCUCCACUCUACAGGGAACUUGCACUCAAUUAUAAAUUAUGAAGGGUGUGCCUCAUGUACCUAAACACCGAGGCCAUCAGAAUCGAAUGAUGGUGUUAGGUUUGCAAGGUUAAGUGUUACUUUUUGUUGUCCUUUGAAAGUUGGUAGCUACCUUAGAAGUAGUGGGAUCCUCCACCUUUUAUUCUUUGGAAAGGAGUCUAAUCUAAUGGUUGUAUAGUGUGAUGUGUGAAACUGACUCAAAUUUUUAGACUUUGUGAAAAUAUUUUCAUUUGGUACAAGCUCAGCUGGUAACAAGUCUAAGAUAAUAGGGAAAAAAUGAACGCACCGAGUUUAA